AUGCUGACUAUUCCCUUCCUAGAUCGCGGUGGCACAUUCACGGAUGUGUGGGCAGCGGUUGACGGCCAACCUGACAUUGUCCUCAAGCUGCUCUCGGUUGACCCAGACAACUAUGACGAUGCUCCCUCUGAAGGAAUCCGAAGAGUCGUGGAGCAGGUCACUCAGGUCAAGAUUCCGCGAACUCAGUCAAUCCCAAAGGAGCACAUCGAGUCCAUCCGCAUGGGAACGACUGUAGGUACAAAUGCCCUCCUGGAGAGAAAGGGUACCAGGCAUGCAUUUGUCGUCACCCAGGGCUUCCGCGAUUUAAUCGAGAUCGGCCACCAGUCCCGCCCCAAGCUAUUUGCACUCGACCAUCGGAAGCCAGAGACACUUUAUGACGUCGGCUUGACCGGGGAUGUACUCCGCAUCAUCAAGCCUCUGGACUACGACGAGGUCAGGUCAAAGCUGGCCGCCAUCAAGCAGAGUGGCAUCGAUGCGUUGGCCAUCUGCUUCGCUCACUCGUAUCUCUACCCUCGCCAUGAAGAUGAGGUGGCCAAGAUUGCGGCGGAACUCGGCUUCACUCACGUCUCGACCUCAUCUGGAGUAGGUGCCAAGAUGAUCAAGAUGAUCACUCGAGGCAGCUCAGCUUCAGCAGACGCAUAUCUUACUCCAGAGAUUCGACGCUAUGUGGAAACCUUUGCCAGGGGCUUCGACGGCGGCAGCCUUGACGGCGUGAGGUGCGAGUUCAUGCAGAGCGAUGGCGGUUUGGUCAACUACAGAUACUUUAGUGGUUUGAAGGCCAUCCUGAGUGGUCCCGCAGGUGGUGUUGUUGGAUAUGCACGAACGUCCUACGAUGGGAAGACUCCUGUUGUCGGCUUUGACAUGGGAGGCACAUCCACCGACGUCUCUAGAUAUGGAGGCGAGUUUGAGCACGUCUUCGAAACUACCACAGCCGGCGUUGCUAUUCAGAGCCCUCAGUUGGAUGUCAACACAGUGGCAGCCGGAGGAGGUAGUAUUCUGUUCUGGGAAAACGGACUCUUCAAAGUUGGUCCAGAGAGCGCAGGGGCUCACCCAGGUCCUGCAUGUUACCGCAAGGGCGGCCCCCUGACCGUCACGGAUGCGAAUCUUGUGCUCGGUCGGUUGCUGCCGGAGUACUUCCCAUCCAUCUUUGGUCCCACGGAGGACAUGCCGCUCGACGCUUCCAUCGCCCGAGAGAAGCUUGCCGAGCUCACGCGUCAGAUCAACAACGAGACUGGACGCUCCAUGACGCCAGAAGAGGUGGCCAACGGUUUCAUCGACGUCGCCAACGAGGCCAUGAGCCGUCCUAUUCGGGCCAUCACCGAGGCUCGCGGCCACAAUACUGCGGCACACAACCUGGCUGUCUUUGGUGGAGCAGGUGGACAACAUGCUUGUGAGCUGGCAAAGAAGCUCGACAUCAAGCGCGCCAUCAUCCACAAGUUUUCCAGCAUCCUCUCUGCCUAUGGCAUGGCCCUUGCAGAAGUGGUGCAAGAGAUGCAGGAACCAAGCAGCGAGGGCCUGUCAGAUGAGUCUAUGCCUAGUAUCCAAACCAGGGUAGAGCAUCUCAAGUUGGAUGUUUGGAAGAGCCUUUUGUCUCAAGGUGUUGAAGACAAGGCCAUCCGAUACGACGUUUAUCUGCACCUUAGGUACGAGGGAACAGAAACCCAGUUGAUGAUCCUUCAGCCCGCAGACAACGACUACAGGGCCGCUUUUGAGAAGGAGCAUCUCAGAGAGCUGGCAUUCUUGUUCCCUGCCACAAGAAAGGUUCUUGUUGACGACAUUCGAGUUCGAGGAGUUGGUGCUAGCACUGAGGUUAGCAAGGACAAUGAGCGUCUCACUAUGGAGCUGCAAACUACCUCAUUCAAGGCUGUCAAUACGAUUGAUGCCAUCAAAAAGUCCAAGGUGUACUUUGCCCCAAUGGGCUACCAGAUGACUCCCGUCUUUCUAGUUGAGCAGCUCAAGACUGGGGACGUGGUUGAAGGCCCAGCCGUCAUCAUCGACAAAACACAGACCAUCAUUGUUGUUCCUUCUUCGAAGGCGUCUGUCUUGACCUCCCACCUAGUCAUCGAUCUACUUGAGGAAACCAGGGUUGUCAGUACGGGGCUGGCUGAGCUGGUGGCUGAUCCGAUCCAGCUAUCAGUUUAUAGCCAUCGUUUCAUGAGCAUCGCCGAGCAGAUGGGUCGCACAUUACAGAGAACUAGUCUUUCCCUUAACAUUAAGGAACGGCUUGACUUUUCUUGUGCAAUCUUCGGCCCUGACGCUGAACUUGUCGCCAACGCUCCUCAUGUCCCGGUGCACCUGGGAAGCAUGAGCUACGCCGUCAAAUAUCAGGAUAUGCUUCACAAGGGCAACCUGAGACCCGGAGAUGUUCUAGUCUCCAACCACCCCGAGUGUGGCGGUACGCAUCUGCCCGAUAUCACCGUCAUCACCCCGGUUUUCGAGGCCGAUGGGAAGACUGUCUGCUUCUACACGGCUUCGAGAGGCCAUCACAUGGACAUCGGUGGCCUGAACGGAACAUCUAUGCCUCCAGAUUCGACCACCUUGUAUCAUGAAGGCGCGUCCAUUCGGUCAUUCUUCUUGGUGAGGAAUGAAGAGUUCGACGAGAAGGGCAUCUGCGAUCUCCUGCUCGAGCCUGGCACUCACGAGGGUUGCACAGGUUCGAGAAGGCUGGAAGACAACAUCUCGGACCUGAAAGCCCAGAUCGCCGCCAACAACAAGGGUGCAGCCCUGAUCCAGGCGCUGAUGGCGGACAAUGGAAAAGACCAGGUCCACUUCUACAUGAGGAAGAUCAAGGAGAAUGCCGAAGUCGCUGUGAGGAGCUACCUUAAGGAGACCCGGAAGAAGUACGGCGACGAACCAUUGACCGCAGAAGACUACAUGGAUAACGGCUCCAUAAUGCGCGUUUCAAUCACCAUCGACGAAGAGGGAACUGGCACCUUUGACUUCCACGGUACUACGUGUGAGAUGCUAUCGAACAUGAAUGCACCACCAGCCAUUACCUACUCGGCGCUCAUAUACGUCAUGAGAGUGCUUAUCGGUAGCGAUAUUCCCCUCAACCAAGGAUGUUUGAAGCCUACCAAGGUCAUUCUCCCCGAGAAUACCUUCUUGAACCCAUCAUCGGGACGAGCAGUCUGCUGUGGCAAUACGUUGACCUCGCAGCGAGUGACAGAUCUGCUUCUCAAGGCGUUCCGUGCCGCCGCUGCCUCGCAGGGCUGCAUGAACUGCAUGGGAUUCUUUGGCCGUGGUGGUGUUGGCCAAGAUGGCAAACCUCUCCCGGGUUUUGCGUACAACUACGGCGAGACCAUCGCCGGAGGAGCCGGUGCCGGGCCAACUUGGCACGGUGCGAGUGGUCUGCACACGCACAUGACCAACACUCGGACGACGGAUAUCGAGGUCCUGGAGAAGCGUUAUCCAAUCCUAGUUCAGGAGUUCUCUAUCCGCGAGGGGAGCGGUGGAAAAGGCAAGUUCAACGGCGGAUGCGGUGUGGUCCGCGACUUUGAGUGCCGUGCGCCACUCACAUUCAGCAUGAUUUCGGAAAGGAGAGUGACUCGGCCGUACGGUAUGGAGGGCGGUGAGCCCGGUGCCCUGGGAGCCAACUACUGGGCGCAGAAGAAGGCUGACGGCACGUACACGUGGCUGAACUACGGACCUAGGGGUCAAUUGGAUAUGGCAUAUGGUGAUCGAUUCGUGGUGCACACCCCUGGUGGCGGUGGUUGGGGUCGACUAGAGGACGCUGUGAACGGGCAAGAAGGUCAUAGGGGAAACGAGUUUCAGCCUAGGGCCAAUGGAAGCUUCAACGCCUUCCUCGCAGCUCAGCUGGAGGCGUAG